UCUCUCUCUCUCUCUCUCUCUCUCUCAGACAAAAGGCCAGACGGCGACCAUUGAAUGCUGCGAGUCUGUGACUCGGCCGUGACUCGGUCUCACAAGGAAUUCCACAGCCACUCCCCGCUUUGGUUGACUCGGCCGCCGGCCUACCUUUCCCUCUUUUUCAAACAACCACAUCUCUCUCUCUUUCUCUCUCUCUACCCACUUUCUUGAACCCAGACUGCUAUAUUAAGAAGCACCCAUUUAUCCAAAACCAACCAUCUUUCCGAUUCUUUCCCUUUCAAGAUUUACUAUUCAGCUUCAAGAUCAAGAUUCCUGUCUUAAAUUCCCACACAUUUAAAGUCAACAACUUUAGGUAUUGGCGAAGUUGGUAAGUCCAUUCUUAUCGAGAUCGAACCAGUCUGUUUUGGGCAAGCAAGAAGAAGAAGAGAGAUGGGUGGGUUGUUUAUAGAAAACUCAGACGAAGGCGGGAUAGCUAGAAGGCUAUGGAUGAAGUUCAAGGAUGAAUCAAUCUUUGCUACGUAUACCCCAUUUGUGAUCGGCUUGGCAUCUGGGACUUUGGAUUCUCACACAUUUCUUCACUGUAUCUCUCAAGAUGUGUAUUUUUUGCAGGCUUAUUCUCAGGCGUAUGAAUUAGCGGAGGAAUAUGCGGACGACGAUGAGGACAAGGAAGCUAUAGACAUGUUGAGAAAGCGAGUCUUGAGGAAGCUCAGCGAUCAUGAUAAUAUUGUAAGAGAUUGGGGAUUUGAGCUUCCAAAAGAUGGCACUUGUGACGGUGCAACGGUGAAAUACACAGACUUUUUGAUGGCAACAGCGUUGGGAAAAGUUGAAGGAGAAAAAUUUUCUGGUAAAAUUGUGACUCCUUUCGAGAAGACAAAGCUUGCUGCUUAUACUCUAAGUGCCAUUGCACCUUGUAUGAGGCUAUACAGCUUUGUUAGUAAGGAAAUUAAAGCCAUUUUUGACCCUGAAGAAGACAAAAGAAACGCUUAUGAGAAGUGGAUUGACAGUCUCUCCUCUGAUAAAUUUGAGGCAGUGGCUUCAACAAUUGAAGACUUGCUAGAUAAACUGAGCGUAUCUUUGACUGGUGGAGAGCUUGAAAUCGUGGAAAAGCUAUAUUUCCAAGCUUUGAAACUCGAAUUAGAAUUCCUAUCUGCUCAACCAAUUAUCCAGUCGUCCCUUGUACCCGUUUCGCAAGUGCAAGUGCCCGCAAAAUCUAAUCUUAAAGUGUUCUGUGAUUUUGACAUGACAUGUUCUGCCUUCGAUUCAUCCGCCCUUUUAGCAGAGAUGGCAAUCAUGACUGCCCGAAAAGCUUAUCUGAAUGAAUGUGAAACCCAAGCCUCUCAGGUUAUAACACCCGAUCUUUCAGCUGCUUGGGGCAGUCUAUCGAGCAAGUACAUCGAGGAGUACGAGCAAUGCAUUGACAGCAUUAUACCCGCUGAAGCAGUUGGGAAUUUUGAUUACGAGGGCCUCUGUAAAGCACUUGAAAACCUAUCUGAUAUUGAGAAACGGGCAAAUGCAAUGGUGGUGGAUUCUGGUGUAUUGAAAGGGCUGAGUGAAGAUGAUAUAAGACGGGCUGGAGAGCACCUAAUAUUUCAACGUGGUUGUAAAAACUUCUUCCAGGAAAUCACGAGAAAUGAAGACCUUAUUGCGGGUGUUCAUGUGCUAUCGUACUGUUGGUCCGGGGAUCUCAUCAGGUCCGCCUUCUCAUCAGGGGACUCGGGUGUUCUGAGUGUGCAUUCAAAUGAGUUGAUUUACGAAGGAUCUAUUACCACGGGUGAAAUAAUCCAGAAGAUGGAAUCCCCUAUGGACAAGCUUGAAACCUUUAAUGGCAUACUAAACUGCCAUGGAAAUGCAAGCAAACCUCUAACGGUGUAUAUAGGAGGUUCAGUUGGGGACUUGCUUUGCCUUCUCAAGGCAGAUAUUGGCAUCGUAAUAGGUAUGAGUGCGAGAUUGAGGACGCUUGGAGAGCAAUUUGGCAUUACGUUUGUCCCACUCUUCUCCGGAUUAGUCAAGAAACAAAGAGAACUAUCCGAAAGUGGUUGCUGUCCCUGGAACGGGAUGUCUGGCAUUCUCUAUACAGUCUCUAGUUGGGCUGAGAUACACGCCGCCAUUUUGGGGUCAUACAAAACCGGGGAUAACUAGUUCUGCAAAACAUAAAAGAAUAUAGGUAGGUUAUAUCGUCUAACGCUAACAGGGUGGCUUAUAUUUUUGUGUAUGCCCGUGUGAGCUCUCGUGUUUGUUUUUUUUUCCUGAUCGAGGUAUGCCUACUCGUGUGAACUCGCUGCCAUUCUUCUUGCACAGUCCUCUGAUACAAAAGGUUAUGCCAGGGGGCUUGAGAGCAAGGAAGAGUUUAUGUUAUGGGAUUGCUACUUUUAUUUUCCAAUUUGUAUGUUUAUAUAUUUUGAAUAUGAGGUGGUUUUAUUUUAUCUCAUUUCAUGCUGUAAUACCUAAAACAUGAGGGAAAUGCAGUAGAGAUCUUUUAGUGGUUUUCUGCUUGUAAACAAACAGACAUAAUUGCCCUCUGAAUCUUCAUCAUUUAUAAAUAUAUUAUUUUAUUUAUUUA